AGCUUCCGGGUUCAGAGUUUCUCUAGUAAACAAAGCGCGUCGGCCAAGUCCCGUGCAGACAGACAUACAGACAGGUCAUGUCGGACCAGUCACCUGCUCUCUGACGGCGCGGUGUGUUCACUGUCGGUUAUAAUGGGCGGACUUGUCUCCACCGUUUGUCACAGACAGACUCACUCACUCACUCAGGUGGACUCGUCCGACAGGUUUUAAGACACUGGAAGUCUUCUUCGUUCACUUCUGCGUGACGGCGAUGUAGAAGCGUUAUCAUGAGGACAGCGGUCGCGACUGUAGCGCUUCUGCACCUGUGUUUGUCCGCGACAGUGGGAGUUUCGGGCGACGUCGCCACCGAAACGACCCUGAAUGCAGCGCCGGGCGACAUCGCUCGACUUCCGUGUUACACCGGCGGCAACGUGACGCCGCCGUUGACGACGUGGACGAAGAGUGGGCGAGAGGUCGCGAGAGGUGGCGGCGGCGGCGACGGGCCUUCGUCGAGCCCGACGUCCCCCGCCGCCGAGCAGCGUGUGUCGGUGCUGCGCGACGGGAGCCUGAGCAUCGUCGCGGUGAGAGUCGGCGACGAGGGCGGUUACCUGUGCGGCUCCACGCUCCCGGGCAACUACACCUUCCACGCACGUGUCCUGCUCCGAGUGGCCAGCGGUCCCGAGAACGUGUCCAUGUCCGUCGGCCCGGCGACCGCCCUGUCCAACGGGACGCUCAUUGCCUUUCGGGGCUCGAGCGUCUCCUUCAACUGCUCGGGCUCCUCCUACCCCUCCCAGCAGCUGACCAUGGCCUUCAGAGGAGCCGCGUCCAGCAACGACUCGCUCGCUUCCACUUCUGGAUCCUGGCUGGGCCACAGGAUGGAAAACAUUCAACCCAGCGCUCAGGGAGUUUACAGCUGCCGGGCCAACAACACCGUCUCUCAUCAGACGGUGAACAAGAGCACAGAGCUGCUGGUUUACUAUGCCCCGGACAGACACCCUGAGUGUAUGUGGGCGCCAACACAGGACCCGUCUCACGCAAUUUUCAUCUGCACCUGGUUCGGAGCGUAUCCCUCCCCGACGCUGCGCUGGGGGGAGGACCUGGGCGACCAAGGAGCUCACUGGAAAGGACACGUGUACGCAGCGAACGAGACGGACAGUCUGUCGUUGACACUGAACCGCUCCCUGCUGUCUGACGGGCAGACGCUGAGGUGCAUGGCCCAGCACCUAGCGCUCGCCGCGGGGAAGGAGAAGUCGUGUUCGCUUACCCUCAAGCUCCCGUACCCUGAAGGCGAUCCGCUGGCCACGGCCCUGGAGGCGACCAGCAUAACGCUCACCUGCACUGAGGCCGUGUCCAUCCCCCCUGCGAACACCACGUGGAGAAAGGGGCUCCAGCAGGACAACAUUGUGCCCGGGUCAAAGUAUGUCCUGUCCGAGGAAGGCCCCGUCUUCAAGCUGACCAUACUCAACGUCAGCAAGGACGACGAAGGCGUCUACUUCUGCCGCAGCGAGAACCCCCUUGCUGUCAUCGAGCUGGAGGUCUACCUCACUGUGAAAACCUCCUCUACAUACACGGGAGCGAUAAUCGGCGUCUUUAUCGCAGCGCUGAUAGUGGGAUCGACCAUCAUCAUGGCUAAAACGCUUUACUCCAGUCGACACCAGAUUUGCCUGGGAGGUGGCUUUGGGCAAGUGGAGGACGACAGGAGAGACGUGCUGAGUCUGGUGGAGUCGGAGGACGAGAUCUUUCAGGACGCUGUUCCCCGGCUGCCUCCGUUAACAAACGGAAGCCACACGGCGAUCGUCCAGAUACAUCGCAUCCCAUCGAGUGAUCAGGAGGAUGCUGAAACCGGUGACACAAGCCCACAGCAGCAGGAGGAUACUGUACAGACGGAAGAGCCAGUGGAUCUUGUAACAUUUUAGGUUGUAGGUGUUUUUAGAUUGAUGUUUUUUUAUUUUUAUUCUUAGGUAAAUACCAUUUACUCCCAAUGACAAUGUGAACAGAACUGGUGGAAGAUGUGUAACAAAAAAAAAUCUUUUUAACUUGUUCUUUUUUCUAAACAGGGUUUUGAAUUUUUUUAAGUUUAUUUCAAUGAUAAUAUUUUUGUACAGCAUUUUGAAUGUGUUGCUCUGAUAAUAUGACUAAUGCAGUAAAUUAAGCAGUUUAAUCAAAAAACAUGAAACAAUAUGAUUGUUGCCGUCUUUUGUAUGGUCGAACCAUGUCUUCGAUAAAUAAUGUGUGAAAGCCAUUUAAGUGCAUAACCUUUAUUUUGCCAAAGGUUGUAGGUCACGUGAUGUAUGUUCUACACUUGAUGUUUUUAAGUUCAUGUGAUGUAAAACAUUCCAAAUGCCACCUCUAACAUAACUAACUCCUUAUAAAUGCAAAUUAAAAGACAUUAAAUAAUUAAAAACCAAUGUAAGUUACAUUUCCACAUGUUCAUGUUUAGUUUAAAUUAGUGCAGUUUCUAUCUUGUUUAGUACUUUAUGACCGAGCCACACGUUUUUUCUUAUCUUGGUCUUACACUUUUCUGAUGAGGAAGACUUUUUUUUGUUUUUCUUUUUUUUCUCAAUACUCUUGUAAGGAUUUACAAACUGUGGAUUAAAUUUUUGUGAUUUUUAUCAUUUUA